GUGUGUUGCUGUUUCUGUGUUUGAACGUCAGGAGCGAGCGGGAGUGUUUAGGACUGAACACAGCCCAGCGGUGUGGAGGUGUCGUCAUGGCAGAUAUUGUUGCUCAGUUGGCUGACUCUCUGGCUAAAACAGGAGUGGAGGAAGGAGAGCUGAGCUAUAAAGGCCAGGGGAGAAAGCUGGAUGAUGCUAAGUCAGUGGAAGAGAUUAUAAAGGAGAUCGAGGAGUUUGAGGGUUUGCAGGCUCUGAGGUUGGAGGGAAACACGGUGGGUGUGGAGGCGGCUCAGGCUAUCGCUAAAGCUCUGGAGACGAAGAGUCAUUUCAAGUGCUGUUAUUGGAGCGACAUGUUCACAGGUCGUCUGCGCUCUGAGAUCCCUCCUGCUCUUAAUGCACUCGGAGACGCUCUUAUUUUGGCGGGGGCUCGGCUCACCGUUUUAGACCUCAGUGAUAACGCGUUUGGUCCAGACGGAGUGAAAGGCAUCGAGAAGCUGCUGAAGAGCUCGGCCUGCUUCACACUGCAGGAGCUUCGCCUCAACAACUGUGGCAUGGGCAUCGGAGGAGGAAAGAUUCUGGCAGCUUCCCUGACCCAGUGCCAUAAAAAGUCCAGUGCAGAGGGCGCCCCCCUCAGUCUGAAGGUGUUUGUUGCCGGAAGGAACCGCCUGGAAAACGAUGGAGCUACAGCACUCGCACAAGCCUUCCAGUUGAUGGGCAGUCUGGAGGAGGUCCACAUGCCACAGAAUGGGAUCAAUUACGCAGGUGUGACAGCUCUGGCCUCGGCCAUGCAGCACAACACCAGCCUCCGCAUCCUCAACCUCAACGACAACACGUUCACCGAGAAGGGGGCUGUCGCUAUGGCUCAGGCCCUGAAACACCUGCGCAGCAUCCAGGUGAUAAACUUUGGAGACUGUCUGGUGCGUCCAGCAGGAGCUAUAGCCAUCGCAGAGAGCGUUUCAGAGGGACUGCCUAUACUGAAGGAGCUCAACCUGUCGUUUGGAGAGAUCACAGAGGAAGCUGCUCUCGCUGUCGCACGUUCAGUAAAAGACAAAGAUCAGCUGGAGAAACUCGACCUGAACGGUAAUUGUUUGGGAGAGGACGGAUGUAAAGCUCUGAAAGACUCGAUGGAAGGCAUGAACAUGGGAGAGCUUCUAGGAUCACUCAGUGAUGAUGAAGGCGAGCCAGAGGAUGAUGAUGACGAGGAUGAGGAUGAAGACGAGGAUGAGGAUGAAGAGGACGUAGACGAGGAGGAACUAGAGGAAACGGAGGAAGAAGAGGAGGCAGAGGAAAACAUCAAGCCGUCAACUCCGUCGUCAGCCCCUCGACCUCCAGACGUCUCCUCCUUCCUCAGCUUCCCGUCUCCAGACAAACUGAUCAACUUGGGAGCGAAGAGAGCGGCACUCAUCGAACAGCAGGUGGAUGUUUCAGAUGCUUCAAAAACAGCUGAAGCCUUCCUGAAGAUCGCGUCUGUUUACAAAGAGGAGAACAACGAGGUGAAGAACGCCGUUCUGGAGAGUAUAGAUGCUCUCCUGACGAAAGCUUUUUCCUCCUCGUCCUUCCAAGGAUACAGCUUUGUGUCGUCUCUGUUGGUUCUGCUCGGACUCAUUAAGAGUGAGGAUAAAGUGAAGCCGAUGCGAGUCGCUCCUGGUCACCUCCUCGCCUUGGAGCACGUCGUUCAGCAAGAAUAUUUCCCCAAAGAGAACGUGUCUAUACUUGAAGCCUUCAUGUCCCGGUAAGGGCGCCACAGUGAGCCAAUCAGCAGAAACAACAAAGCCCUGGAGUCGUGUGUUAAUGCCAGAAACAGUCUGAAUACAACUCUACAGAGAAUCAGAGCUGAGAGCUGAGGAUUAAACACACACAUGAACACACACUCCUCUGUUUGGACUGGACUUUAAAUGUUUUUAUCGUGUACUACAUGUUUGUGUACACUCACUCUGCACUGACAGUGGGGUCUUCAUGAUCCUAGUUUAUGUCUGGAGCUCAGAUUAUAAAUUUAAACAGUACUUAUCUGGUCUGAAAGCAUCAGCUGCUGUACAUUUGAUAACAUAAACCUUUAUUAUUCACCUCUUUUAUAUGUUAAAUAUUAAAGUAACGAUUGAUGAUAUUGAUAUCAUCAAAAUAAAAUGAAGUACUUCAGAACAAUCAAAAGGGAUUUAAAAUUAAAUGAGUUUUCUGUAAUGAGAUAUGUAUGUACAGUGUUCUAUUCUGUUACAAUAAUAAAGUGUUUGUGUUUCA